CUUACAUGCGUGCGAGUGUUGAUCACGUGGCACGCAGCUCUGCGCUGAUUGGCUGUGGAAGUUCGACUCUGCCUUUUGUAUAGAUAAAUUGUUUAGUGCUUAGUUACUUCCUCCUGUGAAGGGUUUUACUUCUCAUCCCAAGACACCGCAGCAAUGUGGAUGUAUAUAUUAGCUUUGGUGAUCCUGUACUAUGUGGUGCGCUGGUUCCGUGAGCUGGAGAGAGUUCCAGACCGAGGGAGUAAGUAUGUUUACAUCACUGGCUGUGACUCCGGCUUCGGGAAACUGCUAGCAUGCCAUCUGGACAAGUGCGGAUUCUGCGUGGUGGCAGCAUGUUUUACAGAGAAAGGUGAAGAGGAGCUGAAAAAGUCCUGCUCAAGCCGAUUAUCAACCGUCCACCUGGAUGUCAGAAAGCCGGAAAGCAUUGACAAGGCCGCAGCCUCUAUCAAGGAGCUAGUGGGUCAGAAAGGUCUGUGGGCCGUGGUUAAUAACGCAGGGGUCUCCAUUCCAUCGGCUCCCGUUGACUGGUUGACCCUGGAAGACUACCGGUCCAUGCUCUCUGUCAACCUGGAUGGAGUCAUCGGUGUGACCCUGAGUGUUCUUCCUCUCAUUAAGAAAGCCAGGGGACGUGUAGUUAACGUGGCCAGUGUUUUUGGCAGGAUCAGUCCAGUUUCAGGACCCUAUUGUGUGUCCAAAUAUGGUGUGGAAUCAUUUAAUGACACCCUCAGGAUGUCUAUGUACCCAUUUGGAGUAAAGGUCCUAUGUAUUGAGCCAGGUUUCUUUAAGACCACUGUGACGGACACCGACACGAUACUCAGAAACAUUAAAAUGCUCUGGGAACGAUUGCCGAAGGAGACCAAAGAUGACUACGGACUCGACUACUUAAGCAAAGUGGAAUUAAUGCUGGAACAGAAGUUCUCCAAGAUGCCAGACAGUGACUUGAUGAAGGUUGUGAACUGUAUGGAGCAUGCCGUCUCAGCCGUACGCCCUCGUACCCGGUAUUCCCCUGGCUGGGAUGCAAAAUUUUUCUGGCUACCACUUUCUUAUGCUCCCACUUGUAUUUCUGAUUACCUGCUACUUAAAGACAGGGUCAAUCCUGCCAAAGCAGUGAAUUAGACUAAGGCUGUCAAUUACAGUAAAGUCUAUAUUUGGACAGUUUUGUUCUCUAGCAAGGAUGGAAAAACCAGUAACCUAGACAUCCAAGAAACAUGUAUCUAUUUGUUAGUUUCUGUCAUUAGAUGGGGGAGAGUAGAUUUAACAAGCGGAAAAAAUAAACGGAUGAAUAAACAGUGUUCUAAUAAAUAUAAUUCCUUCAUUCAAUUGAGGUUUCUCUUGAUAUGUUUGACAUUAUGCAUUACCUCAAUACCGAAUUUUACUAGGUGUAACAGAAAGGAAUGAGAUAAUACUGACAAACCCAAGCAGGAAAAUGAGCCUAAUAAUAAUAUACGUGUUUGUAGUAAUGCACUGCAAUUGCUAACUAGCUCGAGUUAAUGUUACAUUUUAGCCUAGCCUAGUUUUAGCCUAGUUUGUUUAUUAUUUUUUUUAUGAUAUCAGUUAUCAAGCCCUGUCUGUAUUUCCACUAUUUCAGGGCACUUAAUGAAACAUUAUAUGACCCAUCACAAAUUAAUAUAAUCCUUUGUAAACUUCCAAGUGUUUGAUUAUCCUCCCUGAUAAAAUCUACUUUGGGCUCUGAAACAGUGUUUUCUGGAAUUUAAGAUGGAAAAUAAAAAAUACGCAUGUGUA